GUAACGAAUAAAGAAUUCCUACGAGUACAGAGCGUAUACGACGAUCGCCGGACCACAUUUGCGGCACUUGGAAGCUCCCAAGCAAUUGUUAGCUUCAGUUUUAGCUUGAAGCUUGUUGAGUGCGCAAGUAAAUUAACCGUAAAAUUGUGAAAAAUACGAAUUAUUCGCUUUUGAAUAUCGCAUUUACAUAUAUUAUUAGUGUAACAACAAAAUCAAAAACUUAGAAAAAAUGCCAGAAGUCAACACACCCGACAAAUUGGAAUACCAAUUCCAUCCAGUCUCCGGCGGUGUAUUCACAUUCAAAGUGCGUGCCGCACACGAUGCCCACUUGGCAUUAACCUCUUCACCCGUCGAAGCAGAGCCCAUGUAUGAGGUAUUCAUCGGUGGUUGGGAUAAUACCAAAUCGGUAAUCCGUAAGGAUCGUCAAAAGCCCGAUGUGGUCGAAGUGCAUACACCUGGCAUUUUGGAAGCUGGUGAAUUCCGUGGUUUCUGGAUACGUUGGUAUGACAAUGUCAUCACCGUUGGACGUGAGGGUGAGGCUGCUGCUUUCCUCUCGUACGAUGCACAAAACUUAUUCCCCGUUAACUUUGUGGGCGUAUGCACCGGUUGGGGUGCCAGUGGCACUUGGCUUAUAGAUGAGGCACAACCGGCCAGCGCACCAGUUUUGGGUUUCGCUCCUCCCUGUGGCAGCGGUCCUGGUUGUUGGGUACCAGCUGCUAACGGCACUGUGCCACCCAGCGCUGUCGAGGGCGGUUUCGAUGGCAGCGAACAGUUGUACAUUGCACGCGCCCGUCAUGAGGAGGAUCUCAUACCCGGCAAACUGCAUCCAUCACAUGGUGUCUGCUACGUAGCCUAUGGUGGCGGUGAACACGGUCAUGGUGAAUACGAAGUUUUAUGCUCCGGUGGCGGUCAAUGGGUGCCCGUACAGAGUGGUCAGAUACCACCAAACGCCUUCCCCGGUGGCGAAACGGCCGAAGGUGAGCCACUAUUCAUUGGACGUGCCACACACGAUGGUACCAUCACCGUAGGCAAAGUCCAGCCAUCUCAUGGCUGCUGCUACAUUCCAUAUGGCGGUGAGGAGUUGGCCUACAAAGAGUUUGAAGUUUAUGUUUCUUCUUAAAUCUGAAAACGGAGAAUACACACACAUGCACACACACACACACAUUUACACUUACACAGCAUUGCACGAUUUAAACAAAAAAGUUAAGCAUUAAAUAUCUAUUCAAGUUGAAAAUGAAGUGUAAUGUAACUAUGUAUGUAAAGUACUCGUAGAAGCGCACAAAACGCACUCAAUUAAGCUGUUAAUGAUGAUUGAAAACUCGAAUAUCUGUAAUUAUGAAUAUAUGCCUGUACAUUUAACGAAAUUGUUGAUCGAUCAAAUUGUAUUUAAAUGAAAAAUGUUAAAUAAUUUAAUAUGAAGAAUCUCAAUCUAUGAAAACGUCAAAAGAUUAAUUAUAAUUUAUCUUGUAUUCCAUUUUGCUCAGACUGUUAAAGCGUUUAAUCUGUUAAAAAUCAAAGGUAAUUACUUUUAUAUAAUUUAUUUGCUUGGAAAUUCUAUUUAUUUUUUAUAAAAAAAACAACGGAAAAUAGUUCUUUAAACGUGUUUGUAUGUAUGUACAUAUAUAAAUGCAUAGAAUUGAAUAAAUUAUGAAAGGAAAUUGUUGCAAACACGAAGA